CGCGCAUCAGCCAUUUUAAGUUGUUUGUUCGGCGAGGAUCGCUUGUUAUUUUCCCGACAAACACAGAUCUAAGGCCCGAAACGCUCGAAAGAACGCUCGAAAGACAUUUCACCGUUUCCCUCCAUCAUUAUGGGUCCACCACGAUGCAGAUCCCACCGUCUGUCACCUGAGAGAACGGAGGAUUUCGGUCGGUUUGUCAGUUUAUCUUGACAUGGCAUUCGGGUGUGUGACGACUGUGGAAAAGCUCGAAAACAAACGAAUACCAUCUAGCUAAACCUCCGCCGAGGAGGGAUCAAGCCGGGCUGGUUUUUUGCACUGAUAUCGGUGUAUUAAGACGUGAGUUUCUUGUUAGGAUCGUUUUGCAGUACUAGCUCGGAUCGCAACGGGCUAGGAAGAAAACUCGAGAAAAUGAGACACAAUAGUUAGCCAGUUAGCCAGCCACGCAUGAAAGCCAGUCUCCGCUAUCAUCGAGAUACAUAAAGCAAAAACAAAAUGUAACCGUCAGACCUUCGAUUCAUAUUAGCUUGACUGAUCUUGUAGAUUUAAAAUCAUAUAGGACCCGAAAGAGAUGUAGCUCCCUUCAACCAGGUUGUCAGUUAGUGGCAAAAGUGUGUAUUCAGCUAGGCUAGCAUUAGUUUGCUAGCCAGCCACAAAAUAAAAGCCUCGAAAUGGCACUCAACUGUGGCAGGACAGUUCAUAUGUCCAUUUUAUGCCCUUAAAUCCAAAAAUGUCCAGCAAACUCCGUGUUCUUACUCGAUGCCAAGAUCUCAUGGCAUCUGUAUUUCUCUGCCAUGGUUGUCUUUCUCACCUGUCGUUCAGAUGUGCUUUUAUGAGACUGGUUAUUAUACAAAAACAUGGAUACAAACCAGAAGAAUCGAUCCUGGAAGAGACUUUCAAAAGUCCGCAACAAUAGUCAAGUCUCUUUGUCAGCUUUUUAGAUACAGUUAAACUAGGUUUAUUUAACUAAAGCAAGAGAUUUGACCCCUUUCACAAACAAACACGUCCACAAAUCUGUUUGUAUGGAUUUUCAGUGUAGCAGGCAUUUGUGUCACCCGUCUAAUUUUCAUUGCUAAAACACAGUCGACCAUAUAACAAUUUAAUAUUUGGAUUGGGUCGUGUUAUAUGAGUGGUUUCCUUUAGUUCAAAAAACAGAUGUAAAGCAAGAAUACAUUGCAAAUGUACAUGGUUCAUGUGCGUUACCCACAUUGAUCUGAAAAUGAUGAUUUGUUUUUGCAAAAUGUAUUCCUUAAUUCAAAUUAGUAUAUGCUGCAGGUAGUGCUUGGUUAUAGUUUUCUUUAGUUUUGAAAAGUCACUUAGUUACUGUCAGGAUAACAUAAAGAGUGAGAAAAAUAAAACAGUCUGCAUAAGGAAUAUUAUUACUGUCAGUAACAAUGGGAGACACAAAUUCUCGAAGGAAUCAAACGAGAAAUCGACUCCGAGCCCAGCUACGAAAGAAAAGAGAAUCUCUGGCUGAUCAGUUUGACUUCAAAAUCUACAUUGCCUUCGUAUUCAAGGAAAAGAGAAAGAAGUCCGCGCUCUUCGAAGUAGCUGAGGUGGUCCCUGUGAUGACCAACAACUAUGAGGAAAAUAUCCUUAAAGGUGUGAAGGAUUCAAGCUACUCUUUAGAGAGUUCUUUAGAACUUCUCCAGAAAGAUGUUGUGCAGUUGCAUGCGCCUCGUUACCAGUCAAUGCGUAGAGAUGUGAUAGGUUGUACCCAGGAGAUGGACUUCAUCCUUUGGCCCCGCAACGAUAUUGAGAAGAUUGUCUGUCUCCUUUUCUCCAGAUGGAAAGGGGCUGAACAUGAAUCAUUCAGGCCUGUUCAGGCCAAAUUUGAAUUUCACCACGCAGACUAUGAGAAACAGUUUUUGCAUGCUGUUGGUCGGAAGGACAAGGCUGGCAUGGUUAUAAACAACCCUAAUCAGUCUGUCUUUCUCUUCAUGGACAGACAGCACUUACAGACUACAAAAACCAAGCUCACAGUUUUCAAGUUGUGCAGCCUCUGUCUCUACCUGCCACAGGACCAGCUCACCUGUUGGGGGGUUGGAGACAUCGAGGACCACCUCCGUCCAUACUUGCCUGACUAGUAGAAACGCAUGGAAGACACCCUUCAAUCUAGACAUCCCUCAGUUGAAUAGAAUUGAACUUGUGCUUGGAACUCUCCUUUUUGUUAACCACUCAUUUUCAUCUUGAGAUUAAUUUAGUUUUUUUUUAACCCCUCCAACCAAUCUUGGUUUGGUUCACCUCAUUUACCCUCUGUUUGAUAAUUUUUUUUUAAUUUUUUUUUUUAACUUCCAUGAACAUUGAUUUUGAGUGGUUGUUUUCUUGGAGCUGCACCGUCAAUAAUACCAGAUACAAAAGGAACUCUACGUUAAGGAAAAAAAAAUCUACAAAAUAUGAAGGAAAAAAAUGGAAACCAAUGACAGAUGUCUCUUAAAUGUGUUCCUCUUGUGUUGGAAUGGCUUUAACAUCAGUGUCAUGAGGGAUAGCUAUAUUGUCUCUAUUAUUGGGGAAAUUAUAGUACUAGGGAUUUCAUGAGUAAUGACAACCAGUGACAGGGCUUGGGUAGACUUCCUCUAAAGGCUUCUAUUUAGAAGGUGAUCAGUAGAACUAAUUUGGUGUAAGCAUUGCUUCUCAUUCUGUGGUACUGCUGGACAAUUUAAUUUGUGUUAUUCCUUGCCUAUAAUAUGACAGACCUUAUUUUGAUAUAUUUUAUAAUAUCUGGAGGUGUGGGGGGUAAACAUGUCUAAGAACGUUGACAAACUCGUGUCUGGUGGAGGAAUUCUGAUGCAUUUUUUUUCUUCUUGGUGUUGAGAUGGUAAUUGUCACCAAUCAAUCACUAUAUACAUAAAAGCUUCUGAUAACGGAUUAAAUCUUUGGUGGGGAGUAUGUGAUGGGAGACAAGCUCAUGUACCUAAUAAGAAAUUUUGUGGCGAUCUCAAAAUGGAUAAUUAGUUCUGUUUUUCUUUUAUAGAUAACCCUGUUCUGUGACUGAGUACUAAUUAUAGCAGUGCUUGGGGACUUGGUAUCUGUAAGCCAUCUUCGUUGGGUCAUAUGGUAUAAAAUCAUUAUUUAUUUCCCACUUUGAAAUUUUCAGUCAGCAAAGGGAAAGGUGUAUAUUUUGUCUUUGUACCCAUUGUUUGAAAUAAACAGCUGAACAUAUCCUAAAAAA